ACGGAGCUGGGGUCCUGUUCUUUCAUUUAAAAAUUCGAUCUUUGGGGCAUGCGGACUUGAUUUGGAUUCCUUGUUUCGUGGGCGGUACUCUGGGUUGUUGGUUUUUCUAAUCGGUCCUGUUGGUUUUUGGUUUUCUGUUAAUUCAUGGGGCGAUUGUUGUUUGGUCGGUUCUAUAGUUUGCUUGAGCUGAAUGGUGUCUGAGAUAUCCGUCGGAAAGAUAUGUUCUGGAUUGCUACGGACGUGUAUCCGGAUUAUAUGUUUGUAUAGCUCUCGGGAUAUGAUCUGUUCAGUUAGAGCGCUUCCCUCGACCCAAAAGGCGCUAGGCUUGCGUAAACUCAACAUGAUCCAAUUUUGCCAAGACUCUAUAGCCAGCACCACUUAUAUGAGCAAUGAGAACGCGACAAAUCCAAUUCGAAGAAAAGUCCUGGAGCUAAUCAAUGGCAGACCUGAAGGAGCGUCUCCUUCCACCAAAAGCAACAUCAGUGGCAGACCUGAAGGAGCGUCUCCUCCCACCAAAAGCAACAUCAAUGGCAGACCUGAAGGAGCGUCUCCUCCCAACAAAAGCAGCGUCAAUGGCAGAUGUGAAGGAGCGUCUCCUCCCACCAAAACCAGCAUCUGCUAUAAACCUUAGAGAGUCAUCUUAUAGACCAUCCGCAUCUGGACGCCAACCUUUCCAAGCUGUGGAUGUUCUGGGGCUGAAAAAGCGGGGCCAAGGCCUUCGCUCUUGGAUUCGCGUUGACACUUCUGGUAACUCAGAGGUUAUUGAGGUGGACAAGUUCACAAUGAUGCGUCGGUGUGAUCUUCCUGCCCGUGAUUUACGCUUGCUCGAUCCAUUGUUUGUGUAUCCCUCCACCAUUCUUGGUCGAGAGAAGGCAAUUGUGAUUAACUUGGAGCAGAUUCGGUGUAUCAUCACAGCAGAUGAGGUUCUGCUUUUGAAUUCCCUUGAUAGCUAUGUUCUACAGUAUGUUGUGGAGCUACAGCGCAGGUUGACCACAACUGGGGUGGGUGGAGUCUGGAAUUCUGAGUGUGCCGACUUGAACCGGAGAAGAGGAAGUAGAAACUUUGACGAUAUUUUUGGGAAUCCAUCCCCAGAUUAUCUUCCCUUUGAAUUUAGGGCACUUGAAGUAGCACUUGAAGCUGCCUGUACUUUUCUUGAUUCUCAGGCAGCAGAACUCGAGAUUGAAGCUUAUCCUUUGCUAGAUGAGCUAACUUCGAAGAUUAGCACAUUGAAUUUGGAGCGUGUCCGUCGAUUGAAAAGCAGGCUCGUUGCAUUAACUAGGAGAGUGCAGAAGGUUAGGGAUGAGAUAGAGCAGCUGAUGGAUGAUGAUGGAGACAUGGCAGAGAUGUACCUCACUGAAAAGAAACGAAGUAUGGAGUCAACAUUUUAUGGUGAUCAGUCUUUGUUGGGAUACAGAUCGACGGAUGGUACUUUCUCUGCCUCUGCACCAGUUUCUCCCAUUGCUUCCCCUCCAGAUGGGCGGAAGCUGGAGAAGAGCUUGAGUAUUGCCAGGAGCCGGCAUGAGAGCAUGAGGAGUUCAGAAGGUGCCACGGAGAGCAUAGAAGAACUUGAGAUGUUGCUGGAAGCAUAUUUUGUUGUGAUCGACAGCACAUUAAACAAGUUGACCUCGCUGAAGGAGUACAUUGAUGACACAGAAGAUUUCAUCAAUAUUCAGCUGGACAAUGUCCGGAACCAGCUAAUCCAAUUUGAGCUGCUGCUGACAACCGCAACUUUUGUAGUCGCCAUCUUUGGUGUGGUGGCUGGGAUCUUCGGCAUGAACUUUCCGAUACCAUUAUUCAAUAAUGCAGCGGCCUUUGGGUGGGUCCUCUUAAUUACAGGAGCAACUGGGAUCAUCAUAUUCAUAGCAUUCUGUUGGUUCUUCAAGUACCGAAGACUUAUGCCACUAUAGACAGACAUGCAAGGAUUGGAUUUGCCUUUAGAGGAAUUGUAUAAUCAUUCAUCAGCAUCAUUCUUAUAGUCAGUCGAUGUGUAACAGUAUAAUUCGAAAUGAGAAUGGGCUUCUUUCUUGGGGCGAUUCUUUGAAUAUGUUGCUUAAUUUUCUCACACUAUAGAAGGCUGAAGAAUGUCUCACCCUUUGUGACUGGGCGCCAAAUGUCAUUCCUGCAUCAAAUCAUGUAGCGAGCACAAUGUCUUACAAAUGGUUUGCUUCUGUCCUGUGAACUCAAAAUUGGGUGGACGAAUGAGAUGGAUUUGAUGGCA